AGCAGAGGCAGAGGUUCCAGCGCGUCUCUCUAUCCUUUAGCCUGAGCCAGGGGAGGCCAGGCGGCCCGGGUGGCUGGAGGGGGUCCGCUGCCCGAGAAUGGGAAUUCUUUUCACCAGAAUAUGGAGACUGUUCAAUCACCAGGAGCACAAAGUUAUCAUUGUUGGAUUGGAUAAUGCAGGAAAAACUACCAUCCUUUACCAAUUUUCUAUGAAUGAAGUUGUACGUACAUCCCCUACGAUAGGAAGUAAUGUAGAAGAGAUAGUGAUUAAUAAUACACGUUUCCUAACGUGGGAUAUUGGUGGCCAAGAAUCUCUUCGUUCUUCCUGGAAUACUUAUUAUACUAACACAGAGUUUGUAAUAGUAGUUGUGGACAGUACAGACAGAGAGAGGAUUUCUGUAACUAGAGAAGAACUCUACAAAAUGUUAGCACAUGAGGACCUAAGAAAAGCUGGAUUACUGAUUUUUGCUAAUAAACAAGAUGUUAAAGAAUGCAUGAGUGUAGCAGAAAUCUCCCAGUUUUUGAAGCUAACUUCUAUUAAAGAUCAUCAGUGGCACAUCCAGGCAUGCUGUGCUCUUACUGGCGAGGGGUUAUGCCAAGGACUUGAAUGGAUGAUGUCGCGACUUAAUUUAGAUGAUCUCUACUGA